AGACCACUCGUAAGACAGACCAAACCCUAACUAAAAGCAUCCACGUUUUUUUUUUUGAUGGUUUGAUCUCAUCAUAUCCAUGGAGAUGGAGAAUCACCGCCCCAGUUUCACCUACAUGGGCCGCAAAUUCAGCGAUUUAAGUCUCAACGAUGACUCCUCUGCUUUCAGCGAUUGUAACAGCGACAGAUCCGGCGAAUUCCCUACUGCUUCCUCCGAGAGCCGUCGUCUCCUCCUCUCUUGCGCCUCUGAGAAUUCCGAUGAUCUCAUCAAUCAUCUCGUUGCGCAUCUUGAUUCCUCCUAUUCGAUCGAUGAGCAGAAGCAAGCUGCUAUGGAGAUCAGGCUCUUAUCCAAGAACAAACCUGAGAAUCGGAUCAAAAUCGCCAAGGCUGGUGCGAUUAAGCCGUUGAUUUCUCUGAUCUCUUCUUCGGAUCUUCAGCUUCAGGAGUAUGGAGUCACUGCAAUCUUGAAUCUCUCUCUUUGCGACGAGAACAAGGAGUUGAUUGCUUCUUCCGGUGCGAUUAAGCCGCUUGUCAGGGCGUUGAAGAUGGGAACACCGACUGCUAAAGAGAACGCCGCUUGUGCUCUGCUCCGGCUAUCGCAGAUCGAGGAGAACAAAGUCGCCAUCGGAAGAUCCGGAGCGAUUCCUCUCUUGGUGAAUCUUUUAGAAACAGGUGGAUUCAGAGCGAAGAAGGACGCGUCGACGGCUCUGUACUCGUUGUGCUCAGCUAAAGAGAACAAAAUCAGAGCCGUGCAAUCUGGAAUUAUGAAACCGCUUGUUGAAUUGAUGGCGGAUUUCGGAUCAAACAUGGUGGAUAAAUCGGCGUUUGUUAUGAGUCUGUUAAUGUCGGUGCCGGAAUCGAAACCGGCGAUUGUGGAGGAAGGAGGAGUUCCGGUGCUGGUGGAGAUAGUUGAGGUGGGAACACAGAGACAGAAAGAAAUGGCUGUGUCGAUAUUGCUACAGCUUUGUGAAGAGAGUGUUGUGUAUCGAACAAUGGUGGCUAGAGAAGGAGCGAUACCUCCGCUAGUGGCUCUGUCGCAGGCAGGAACGAGUCGAGCUAAGCAAAAGGCUGAGGCUUUGAUUGAGCUUCUAAGGCAACCAAGAUCCAUUAGUAAUGGUGGUGCGAGAUCAUCGUCCCAACUCUGAUGUGAGCUUUUCUUUUAUCUU